GAGCGCCCGCCGGCCCUUCACCGCAGCACCAUCCCCCCGGACGGAGGCCCUUCACUGCAGCACCAUCCCCCCGGACGGAGGCCCUUCACCGCAGCACCAUCCCCCCGGACGGAGGCCCUUCACUGCAGCACCAUCCCCCCGGACGGAGGCCCUUCACUGCAGCACCAUCCCCCCGGACGGAGGCCCUUCACUGCAGCACCAUCCCCCCGGACGGAGGCCCUUCACCGCAGCGCCAUCCCCCCGGACGGAGGCCCUUCACUGCAGCGCCAUCCCCCCGGACGGAGGCCCUUCACCGCAGCACCAUCCCCCCGGACGGAGGCCCUUCACCGCAGCACCAUCCCCCCGGACGGAGGCCCUUCACUGCAGCGCCAUCCCCCCGGACGGAGGCCCUUCACCGCAGCACCAUCCCCCCGGACGGAGGCCCUUCACCGCAGCACCAUCCCCCCGGACGGAGGCCCUUCACUGCAGCACCAUCCCCCCGGACGGAGGCCCUUCACUGCAGCACCAUCCCCCCGGACGGAGGCCCUUCAUUGCAGCACCAUCCCCCCGGACGGAGGCCCUUCA